UAAUUCGAAUAAACCAAUCAUUACUUUAACUCUGUUAUUUUGGAGUUGAAGUAGAAAUUGUGAAAUAGUGUGUGCCAAACACUUUUGUUCUGAUGUAGUUUCCCAUUCAUUUGCCGCUCAAUUUCUAUUGCAGUUAGCUAGUUGUAUUCUUUACUAGUUCAAUUGAUUUGAUAGCAAAUAGUCAUGAAUAUGCCUGAAGUUGAUGCUUCCAACUCUGAGCUUGGUCAGGAACUGUCGGGAAGUUCAGGUUGGGUUCUUACCUACCUCCUAGAGAUAAGGAAUGACCUAUUGAAAAUCUCACCUAUAUUUAAAGUUCCAAUAGAAUUGAGCAUGUUUUUGUUUAUUGCAGUCAACAUCUACAAAAGCACGUACGUCAUUUACUACACGAAUAGACUGAUGCUAACUUUUUUAACCGGUAUUACUAUAGUUGCAUUGAUCCUUGAGAGGACAGCGGUUGUGGUAAAUCCCUCGCACCUAUGGAUCAACGUUGCUCUCUGUAUCAUUUUACCUCUUCUGAUGAGGUGUAAUAGAGCAGUUGCAGCGAUUUUUACAUCCGUCUUCAUUUCCUAUUCAACACCACUGGCCUUUGCCACAGACUUGUUUUUUAUCUUGUGCGUCUGCUUGAAAAGCAAAGGCAGCAUUCCGUCAGAGUUUUACACAGUGAACCUUGCCUACAUCGGAAUUUGUUGCUUAAUUUCGAUAUCUCUUAAUGAUCAGGUAACGACUGCGUCUGCCAUAACAAUAAGUUCUGUAUACUUCAUUGUUUUUUAUGGUUUAUUGACAUUGCUAUUUAUGUAUUUUAAAACAGGAUACAGUCGGUGGUCUGAACCUUUAUAUGUUCAAAUUGAGUUAAUUUCCUACCUGCUAUUUCCUGCGAUGUUAGAUAUUUUCUGUAAUCUUACAUACGGUGGAAAGUUAACUUACAGUAUUUCAUAUUUAAAAUCUCUGUAAACCUUGUAUAAUCUAGAUUUUUCUAUCAUGCUGCUUUUUUUCUCUAAAAUUUAUGUAAAUAGAAUUUAAAAAUAAAAUUUUUGAGAAUUUUUAAUGCACAUGUUUGUUUUUAAAGCUUUUAUAGCUAUAAAAGAAUUCCAUCUAACAAAUUGGAUAAUGUAUAAUAAAGCGCAAAUAAUAUAAGAGGCGGUUUGCCAUUUCUGCACUUAGUGGCAAAAAUUAUAUACUCGUAAUGGAAAUCAAUAAUGGUGAGGGAUUAAAAGCAUCAAAACUAAAUUUUGCAAAUUAUACAAAAGAUGGUCAGAGGCGAUUAAUAAUAACUUUUAUGUUUUGGUUUUGAUAGUUUGUUUCCAUAUAUUGUCCUCGAUAAUAUUUCGUCCGACUUUAAUAGUAUUAGUUUUUCCGUCCAUAAAUUUUGAUUUCUAAAUGCAUUGAUGCUAUUUUGACUUUAAAUAUUUUAAAAUACAUGGAAGGAACUAUAAACCACACGUAUGCAAAGAAGAGAGAUAACUUUCAAUAAAAUCAUAAUGGCCACUAAGGUGUGA